AUGGUCACGCCCACCCCACCCGUGCACUUAAAUAACGGUCGCAGCGGAUUCGGAGCGCGUACCACUUGAUCCCGACUACCGUUCGAAAUGGCCUCUGGAGUAAGAGUAAAUGAAGAUGUUAUCAAGGUAUUCAAUGAGAUGAAAGUAAGAAAAUCAUCAACACUUGAAGAAAUCAAAAAACGAAAGAAGGGAGUGCUGUUCGUUCUUAGUGAUAACAAAAAAGAGAUCAUUGUGGAGAAAAAUAAAGAGAUUUUGGUUGGUGAUGAUGUGGCGGACCCCUAUGCAACUUUUGUCAAGUUACUACCGUUGAAUGACUGUCGUUAUGCUUUGUAUGAUGCUACAUAUGAGACAAGAGAAUCCAAGAAAGAAGAUUUGGUAUUUAUAUUCUGGGCUCCAGAAGGUGCAUCACUUAAAAGCAAGAUGAUAUAUGCUAGUUCAAAGGAUAGCAUUAAAAAGAGAUUGACAGGUAUUAAACAUGAAUGGCAAGUUAAUGGCUUAGAUGAAAUUCAGGACCGCAGAACCCUUGCAGAGAAGUUGGGGGGCAACUCUGUGAUUUCACUUGAAGAAAUAGCCUUGUAAAAUGAUAAACGAGUGCCAUCUUGAUCCACGGAGCUUCCGUUUCUGCAGCUCUGAUAUCAUUUGAUCAAAGUUGGAAUAGUUUUUAGGUUUUUCUUGAUUCAUGCAAUGAGAUUUCGAUUUAAAAACAGUCAACCAGCUGUUGCCCUUCGACUGUUUGAUUCCUGUAGUUUUUAUGUAGAUCCUCAAGGAAUGCUUUCACGUCAUUCAUUCUAGCCAAAACCAUUGGCGUUGCAUGCAUUCCUUGUUGAAUGAAUGUGAACAUUCAUGUGAGUAGUUUAGAAACAUUAAUGAUAAUCAAACAAUGCGAGUUUUGUCCACUGUUCAGGUGGUAGCCACUAAUUCAGUAUUAUAAUUGUUCAAGUUGCACUUGAUUAUAGUUCCAUGAGGCUCUUGUGCAUUAAUAAACCACUCCUGCCUUGAUAGUCUAGCUUUGUGUCAUGGCAGAUUGUGUUUACACUAUGCAUCAGAAACUUUUUUUGUAAUUGUUUUGUUCUCUUAAAAGAAUCAAAAUCUAAGGAAUGCCAACUAACUUUCUGUAGUUGUAAUUGCAUCACCAGUAGCUUUUGAGUUUUCAUUCUGGUUGUACAAACUAUUAAAGAAAUAGCUGUUAAUGAUGCCCUUAGUUUCCAGUGAAAUGUACACUGAACAAAAGUGGGAGUCAACCUUUACCAUAUUAGUUUUCUUUGAACAUUGAAACAGAUUUGCAAAUCAGGCAUGAUGGCAGUUACUGUAUUACAAGAGCCUUAAAUGGAAUAUUGUCAUUGAGAUCAAAAUAUAGCAGUGCUUACAAUAAAAUUAUUGCUUAUUA